AUGACUGAAGAAGCUCCAGCUCGCGGCGCCUCUAUGGAUACUGGCAAGAUUCAAUCCCCAUCAUCGCAGGUAUUAGAGCAAUUCGAUGACGCACCGAGCGAGGAGGACAUGCACACGCUGCGGCGUGUGUCAGGCAAGAUCAACUGGGCCGCUUACACCAUCGCUUUCUGCGAACUGUGUGAGCGAUUCUCGUACUACGGUUCUUCCAUCCUUUACACAAACUUCAUCCAAUGGCCUCUACCCGAAGGGUCGAAUACUGGCGCCGGCUUCGAGGGACAGUCCGGAGCGUUGGGGAUGGGCCAGCGAGCUUCUACAGGACUCGGCCUGUUUAACAUGUUCUUUGCAUAUGUCAUGCCUCUAUUGGGUGCGUACAUCGCAGAUGCGCAUCUCGGGCGGUACAAGACGAUACAUGUCGCCAUUGCCAUCUCGACCAUUGCCCAUGUCAUUCUGACAGCAGCAGCUGCGCCUUCGGUCAUUGUCAAAUCCCACUCGUCCUUCGCCGCUUUCAUCAUCGGCCUUCUGAUUCUUUGCAUCGGCACGGGAUUUUUCAAAGCCAACAUCUCGCCUCUCCUGGCUGAGCAGAAUACUGAUACGCGAAUGCGCGUCGAGGUCAGAAACGGGGAGCGUGUGCUUGUGGACCCGGCAGUUACCAACACCCGCAUCUUUCUUUAUUUCUACUUUGCCAUUAACAUCGGCUCUCUCACGGGUCAGAUCGCCAUGGUAUAUGUGGAGAAGUACGUUGGGUUUUGGCUGGCAUUCUUUCUUCCCACAGUCCUCUUCUUGGUCAGCCCCAUCGUCCUAUUUUUCAACAGGAAGCGAUACAUCCUCUCACCUCCGACGGGCUCCGUUCUCUCCAAGUUCUUCCGGAUGUUUGGCUAUGUCAUGAGGGGCAAAUGGACCUUGAACUUUGCCAAGCUCAAGCGCGAGUUCAGCUGGGAUAAGGCGCGGCCUUCCCAUGUGCCUUUGUCGGAGAGGCCUCCAUGGAUGACCUAUGAUGAUGCCUGGGUUGACGAAGUUCGUCGUGGUUUGAAGGCCUGCAAGGUCUUUCUGUUCUUGCCGCUGUUCCACCUGGCCUAUAACCAGAUGACGAACAACCUCACUUCUCAGGCUGCUGUGAUGGAGCUCAACGGCGUCCCGAACGACAUCAUCCAGAACCUGAACCCCAUCUCUAUCAUCAUUAUGAUACCGUUCAUGGAUCAUGUGCUCUACCCUGGACUUCGGAAGCUCGGAAUCAGCUUCACCCCCAUCAAGCGAAUGACCCUCGGCUUCUUCUUUGGCGCUCUGGCCAUGGUUGCUGCGGCGGUCAUGCAAUACUACAUUUACAAGCUGUCCCCGUGUGGAAACUACGCCGCCGACCCUGACUGCUCCGGCCCCGCUCCUAUCAACGUGUGGGCUCAAGUCGUCCCCUACAUUUUCAUUGGUAUCGCAGAAAUCUUCACAAACGUCACAUCAUACGAGUAUGCGUAUUCCAAGGCACCCGUGAACAUGAAGUCUCUCGUCAUGUCGGUCAACUUAUUCAUGAGCGCAUUUGCGAGUGCCGUCGGUCAGGCCUUCACGCCGCUGAGCGGCGACCCUCUGCUCGUGUGGAAUUAUGGUGUUGUGGCGGUCUUGGCGUUCCUGGGUGGCGUGGGCUUCUGGUUCUGUUUCAAGAAGCUCGACAAGGAGGAGGACAAGUGGAACACGAUUACCAAGUCUGAGUUCCAAGGGAAGGAUUUUGGCAGCGCGGCGCGGGCCGAAGAAGCUCACUAG